CCAGUCAGUCCGCCGCUACGUCCCGCUGCAGGCCGUCCGGACUCCCGGAGUGACAGUUACCUCCACAUCCAGGCUUCCAUGGAACCGGACUGGGACUGAGCCGAGGUGUCGCCAUGAACGACCGGUAUCACCGGGCGGCCCGGGACGGCUUCCUGGACGUGCUAAAGGAGGCCACACGGAAGGAUCUGAACGCCCCGGACGAGGAUGGGAUGACACCGACCUUAUGGGCCGCUUACCACGGCAACCUGGAGGCGCUCCGGCUCAUCGUUAGCAGAGGAGGUGACCCGGACAAAUGCGACAUUUGGGGGAACACACCGCUCCACCUGGCAGCUGCCAACGGCCACCAUAACUGCCUGUCCUUCCUGGUGGCUUUCGGUGCCAACGUGUGGUGUCUCGACAAUGACUACCACACGCCGCUGGACAUGGCUGCCACCAAGGGCCACAUGGACUGCGUUCGCUACCUGGACUCCAUCGCCGCCAAGCAGAUUACCAUCAACCCAAAGCUGGUCAGCAAGCUCAAGGAUCGGGCGUUUCGCGCCGCGGAGCGCCGGAUCAAAGAGUGCGCAAAGCUGCAGAAGAAACACCAUGAACGCAUGUCAAGGAAGUUCAUGAAGGAGUCUGCGGCCUUAGACAACUUGGACGCUAUUAGCUUUUCUAGCUACACUAGCAGCAGCACUCUGAGCCGCAAGUUCAACACUGUCACCUCCAACAUGCCAUACUCGCAGGUGGCCACCCUGCAUUCGACAGCCAAGGGCAAGGCCAAGAUACAGAAGAAGCUCGAGAAAAAGAAGCAGGUUGACGGUACGUUCAAGAUCUACGAAGAUGGCAGGAAAAGCGUGCGCUCGCUGUCUGGCCUGCAGCUAGGCAAUGACGUGAUGUUCCUCAAACAGGGCACCUACACCAACCCCAGAGAGCGGUCGCGGCUCAACAUCCGUGAUAUGUUUCCCCGUGACAUUGACGACGAUGCUGACACCAUCUCCCGAGCCAUGAGUGACCCAGGCCUCCACGAGGCGGCUUAUUCCGAGAUCAGCGCAGACUCCGGGCGUGACUCGCUGUUCACUCGACCGGGGCUCGGGACCAUGGUUUUCAGGAGGAACUAUAUGAGCGGAGGCAUGUUUGGAAUUGGGGUAGAGGAAAGCGUUGCAGGGAGUGAACCUGUGGGGAGAGCGCCUAACGUCCGACUGCGAGGAAAACUGCCUCGACACUUGCCCAGCUUCGAUGAGGAUAGUAUUGGCAGCGCUUUGAGCCUGCAAGAAAGAAAUCUGCAGGAGCUGCCCUGGGAGGAGACUGAGCUUGGGCUGGAUGAGGACAUGGAGCCAGAGAACAAUCCUCUGGAGACUUUCCUGGCCUCUCAGAGUCUCAGUGAGUUCAUGCCCAUAUUCAGGAGGGAGAAGAUCGACUUGGAAGCUCUGUUGCUAUGCUCUGAUACAGACCUCACCAGUAUCCACAUCCCUCUAGGGCCCAGGAAAAAACUGUUGGAUGCCUGUAAGAGACGUUUGGAUACUCUGGAUGAACCAGAGGCCAUUGAAGAUACUGAGCUGUGAAGCUCAGUAUCGCCCAUAUGUCUGAAAUCAGGACCACAGCUUUGUGAAUUGAAUGCAAUUUGCUGCUCGAAAUACAAAAAGCAAAAAGAAAUAUAGAAAAUAUUUAGUGCAGUAUUAAUAAAAUGUCAGAGCUUUUAAUGAUA